AUGGGCUACAGAGGUAUUAAUACCGAGCAAAAGGGCAGCGUUACCAUCGCAGCCAGUAGAGAGGACAGCGAGGCGGCGAUGAAGGUUAACUUCUCAUCCGAGAGUAACUCGUCAUCUUCUAAUGUAUUGUAUCUUCAGGCCUACCAAGUCAAUCGACCCGUGAAGCCCCCGGUGCCGAACAUGCCAAAUAUCCAUCAGAUCCGCCUUCGUUCCAGUGUUAAGGCAGUGGAGCAGCUGAGGACGAUGGGUAUCGAGCCCUACUUCCACUGGGUGCCUGGCCACGAGGGUAUAAAGGGCAAUGAGAAGACCGACGUCGCGGCCAAAGAGGCGGCGGAGAGCAUGAAGGUGCCCGAAGAGGAUACUGUCCAACUCGCCGCGGCUGUCAAAUAUAUUGCGCGCUAG